AUGCUCGGCUGCCUCGUGGGCCGGCUCCUCGUGCGAGCUGACGGGACUUUCCGCGGGAUGUGCAAGAAGAUCGACCACUUCCCCGAAGACGCGGACUACGAGCAGGACACGGCCGAGUACCUCCUCCGGGCUGUCCGAGCAUCCAGCAUCUUCCCCAUCCUGAGCGUGGGCUUGCUGUUCUUCGGGGGCCUGUGCGUGGCGGCCAGCGAGUUCUACAAGAGCAAGCACAACGUCAUCCUCAGCGCCGGGAUCUUCUUCGUGUCGGCAGGUCUCAGUAACAUCAUCGGGAUCAUCGUCUACAUCUCCGCCAAUGCGGGCGACCCCGGGCAGAGCGACUCCAAGAAGAGCUACUCGUACGGCUGGUCCUUCUACUUCGGCGCCUUGUCCUUCAUCAUCGCGGAGAUGGUGGGGGUGAUCGCCGUGCACAUGUACAUCGAGAAGCAUCGCCAGAUCCGGGCCAAGUCCCACUCGGAGCUGCUGAAGAAGUCGGCCUUCACGCGCCUCCCCACCUACCGGUACCGUUUCCGCCGGCGGUCCAGCUCCCGCUCCACGGAGCCUCGCUCCAGGGACUUGUCUCCCGUCAGCAAAGGCUUCAACACCAUCCCCUCCACCGACAUCUCCAUGUUCACCCUCUCGCGGGAUCCGUCCAAGGUGACCAUGGGGACGCUGCUCAACUCGGAGCGGGACCACGGGUUUUUACAGGUCCAUAACUCCAUCCCCAAAGAGUUCAAGGAGUCGCUGCACAACAACCCGGCCAACCGACGAACCACGCCGGUCUGAGCCCAGCGCCCGGGGCCGGGGACCUGUACAGAGGUGUGUUGUCGGCUGCAUGACAUGAUCCUAGUGACGGUGUAACCAGUGAAACCCUGUUUUUAAAGAACAAACCCACGUGGCUCCCUGCGCCCCUGCCCCGGACGUGGCUGGGUUUUUAACCCCCGAAACGUCGCUCGCCGAGCCAGGCCACUGUGUUUAUGGUUGAACUGUGUUUGGGCCCCGCGAUCCCUCUCCUUUGCCUUCUCCUCGGGGAAAGGGGCAUUGGCUUUGCCGUGGCUCGCUGGAGCAAGGCCCCCCAGGACUGGCGGGGGCUUUCCACAACCGUUUGGGACCACGACUCCUUGACGCUGCCAGUGUUAAUGUCGAUAACAACAGUCACCGUGUUACCUUAGCUGUGUGUCCCAAUGGAAACGCUGGAGACAGCCCCAUUUGUGAGCAUCAUUCAUCCAGUACUUACAUUUAUGCGAAAUGACCUAGCAGCCCCGAGUACGGCACGCCGGGCGGGCUAACGCGACGAGCGAGC